AACAUUCCAGGGUAUGCAUUCCCUCAGUCAGCAUCCCCUGACUAUUGUCCAGUGUCACUCCUGGUCACUCCAUGCCAACAGCUAGCAAACAGCAUAGACACCCUGCCAUUUACCACCCGCUGGGGAUGGGCAGAGGCAAGAGGAGAAUGGAUCCCAAGCAGAAAGUAUGGGGGCAGAACAAAUAAUCACUUCCCUGGCACAGAGCUUGUUACAGCCUGAAUCUCUCCAGUGUUUGGACUUCUGGUAUCCUAGACACAAGCCCUCAUGGCUGGGGGUACGAAACCAUACGAGAUGCUUAAAUAUACUGCCCCAUGGCAGGUGCUUUGCAGUGGCUUGGAAAGGAGAGAGCAGCCAGCUGUGAAUGAAAAAGCAAAUCGUCAUACAGUUGAGCUAGACUCUUCAUCACUCAAACAUCAACAAGAUUAUGAACGUGAACUUGGUGUCCCUGACUCUUCAGUGGUUACUAAACACCAAUUUAUUAGUACAGAAAGUCAACAAGUGAUAAAAAACGAGUCAGUGGACCCACCGGAUCUUAUGGUAUUUGAGACUGAACAAAAUGCUUGUGAUGUAGAAGUUAAUAUACUUGCAGACAGAUCUGAAGUGAACAUCUAUCAGCAGAACAAUAACAUCUUACUUAGUCAGGAUACAUUUAGCAUACCUAAACAAACAACUUCUACAGGUGCCCCAGAGUCAACCAUGGACAGAGUUACGAGAAGUCAAAUUUUUUCCCUGUCCUCAGCAGGAAGUACAUAUACCUUACAUGAGGAGCCAGAUCUUAAAACCAAUGUCAUCAGUGAACACAGCCAAAGUGCAGAAGGUAAACACAAGAGCACUCCAGAUGGAGAAAGAAAGUUAAAGUUGCUGAAGGAGGAAAGCCACUUUGGUAUAAGGGCUUAUCUCCCUGAGACCAGUCCAACCAAGUUAUUUGAAAAUGGUGAUGAUGAUGAUGUUCAAGCUCGGUCCCACGAGUUUACCCAGGAAAAAGCAUGGGAGCUAGAGAAACAGAGGAGAGAUAUCAUAAAGAAACAAGGACAAAGGAAAAGCUUGGACGUGGAUGAGAUCAUCAUUCACAGAGAUGUAAUGGACACCUCAAUUUCAGCCACUGACCUCAAUGAAUUAGACAGUGAUCAUAUGAAAGUGAAUGUGGACACAGAGCAAAUAAAUUUUGAAGCUGCCAGAAAGCAAUUUUUGAUGCUGGAAAAAAAGCGUAAUAGUCUCCCAAUUAGUCCUAGACCACAGUCAAAACCCCCCCGCUCUAAAUCAUUUUAUGGAAGUGACUGGAAUUCAGAGAUGCAAGGGAUAGAAGACACCAUAACAAUACAAUCUGAAGUGAGAACACAGUUGAAUGAGCCUCCACAAACUCAAGCAGUUAGCUCCAAUGAACUGCGAAAACAGUUCUACAGGGAAUUGUCAACUGAUGACAGAGAUGGUGAAACAGAAGAUAAUUCAAAAGGAGUGACCAAAGCAGAACACUCCCAAGAGAUACCAGAGCAAAUUCCAAACACCAGCAAUGAGACACCCAUUGAAAGGGAAAUUCGCCUGGCACUUGAAAGAGAGGAAAGUUUACGUAAAGAGAGAGGUAUUCAAGGUGUGGGGGAAACCAAAGAGAUGGUAGAAAUACUCAAAAACCCAGUGCUUUCAAAGUCCUCUGAUACUGCUAUCCAAAAAAAGAGCAAAGAGAGAACUCGUUCCAUAAAUUUCCUCCAAAGAGAGAUUGAGAAGGAUGCUCAACGGGAGGCUGUCCUUAGAAAUGAAGGGAAAGUGGCAGGACUUUAUGAUAAAGGUAACGUCCAAGAGCUAGAUGAACGCAGAAAGGUAUUUGAGCAGCUAGAUGACAUUCCUGUUCAACCACAGCUAGGGAACACAAAACGACUCUCUAAAGCAGCAACAAUUGAUUUAGGAACAAGUGAUUUUGCAGGCCAAGCAGAUCGUACGCAGACUUCUGAAAACACCAACUGGACUGUCUUGGAUGCACCUCAACCCUAUAGUGCAAGAAUAAACUACAAACCAACACCACUAAAUAUCUCUAGAUACAGAAGGGCGAGUGCGGAUAAUAUUCUAGAUUUUAACCCACCUACUCAUGCUUCAUCAGGAGUGGAUAUUUCAGCAGAAACACAGAUUCUGAAAAGGGAGAAUUUCCACAUUCAGCCCUGGAAAUUCCGACAACACGGGGAUGAAGAGAAAGUGCAGAGCCCAAAAUGGACAGAGAAAACUCAAGAUAAUGCAAACCCUGAAGAGAUAUACAAAACUACACGCCUGAGACCUGUAUCAAGUGUGAUAGAGAAAGAAAUUCAGCAAACAUUAGAGAGGGACCUUGAGCUAAAGGAGCAAAGGAGGAAAAGUGAAGUACCGUAUGGUAUCACAUCUACAGAUGGUCAGAUCACCACCCCAGUCAAUGGGCACAACCAAUAUGGAAAAACAGUGUUAAGUUCAGGUGGCUCAAACAGAUGGAAUUCCUCCAGUCAAGGUUCUGCAUCUUUUGUCUCACCUAUACAAAUGUUUAGGCCAAGGAAAACUCCCAAGUUUGUUGUUUCUGAGUCAGAUUUUGACAGAUUCAAGAGAUACGGGGAUUAUGCCGGUAUUGAUUCAAGUGACGAUGUUAACACAGAGAUUGUGGAGUCUACACGAGUGAAUCGACACAAGAACACAAUGGCUUUGCGCUGGGAAGCAGGAAUUUAUGCCAACAAUCCAAGUGAUUAGAUCCUGGAGUCUGGACACAAAUGAGUUACUUCUGCACAAUGCAUGUUAAACACUGAGACAUUUCAUAUAUGUUUUACUUAUUGAUCUUAUCCGAUGAAGGGACAAAUAUUUUUCUGAACUCAAGUUGUUUAAGGUCUUCGCUUUUCAAUUGUAGGCCUUAAAGGGGAAUGGCCCUAGGAUGUGUCUGCUUUUGUAUGGGUGUGUAUGAGACUUCUUCAACUCUUAUUUCUGUUGAAGACUAGUUGAAAACGAAAAAAACAAAACUAUUUUCUAAUUGUUGAGAUUGGCUUUGACUAAUUCUCCUGAACUGUUAAACUACAUUAGAUUAAAUGAAUAAUUCUUACUGAGAUUUUUAAUCAUUCAAAAUCUUUAAAACUGCCUCAAAACUGCUGAUUUAAUUUUUAAACAAAUAGAUUCCUUCUCAUUGAUGAGACUGCCAAUGAUACCAUUGAUUUGAUAAACUAUUGUUCUAGGUUUGUGGCUUACUGACCUGUACCUUCACUAGUAGGGUCAUUUACUUAAGUGAGAAUUUAAAAUGAAUUUCAAAUUUAAGGCCAAAGUAGCCAAACUGGAAACAUAGCAAAGUUUAAGACAUUUUCUUGUUCGACUAUUUUGAUCUUAAACUUGAAAUGUACUUUCAAUUCACUUUGGAUUCUCAAGUUAAUGAACUAAGCUGUUAAAUUUACACUUACCUGUCUGAGUUAAAGGAAAACUGCCAUAAUUUUUAUUACUAUUUAAAAUAAAAGAUUAAAUGUAUUAUUAUAGCUUCUGUGUGUAUUAUUUUUUAUUAUAAGAAAAUACUUAUUUUCAAUGGGUCCCAUGGCUUAGCAUUGCUCUGUGGGGACCACCAUGUUAAGCCCUCAUUGGUCAGAAUCAUGGCUUAUCUCACCAAAGAGCUGCUGUGUUCACAAAUCCUUAUAUCCUAACUAAAUGGCAAAUAUCUAAAAAAAAAAAAAAAAAAAUGGACUCUGGUACAAUUUCAGACCAAUAACAGUUUUUUUUUUUACUAAAGUGAGAAUUCAAAGUGAAUGUUAAAUUUAAGGUAAAAAAAAUACAAACUGGAAAAAUUAUGUAAGCCAGCUAUACUUUAGUUCACCUACAUUGGCCUUCAAUUUGAAAUUCACUUUAAUUCUCUUUGAGUUCUCACUUAAAUGACCCUAUAAAUCAUAAAUGGUCUUAGCAUAAAAGUUUUUCGUCUCACCAUUGAGUCUCACCAGUGAGUCUAAAGAUGGCCUCCCCCACAAUAUUCAAGAGUAACUCUGGAGAUGCACCAAAAAGAGUUAACAUACAUAUUUAUUCCAAAGUACACAGCGUGGCUCCAUAAUAUCUAAUAUUUUAUUUUCAGAAAUAAUAAAAAUGUUGACCGUUUUCCUUUAAGCACCUCCUUCAGAUGUUUAGAGCAGUCACAUCUAUACAGUCACAUAGGAAACUAAGCAAUGGUCAGAGCUGACACAACAUGUGCUUCCUACUCCUAAGAAAGUCUAGGAGGUAAAUACUUAUAUCAUUGGUGUUAAUUUCGUAGAGAAAACAUUACUAUGAAAGUUAUUUACUAAAGUGAGAAUUGUCAGGAAUUAAAAAUGAAUUUCAAAGUUAAGGCCCCAAUAGUGGAAUUGGAAAAUUCUCCAAGCCAGCUCUGCUAUUAUGGCCUUAAAUUUGAAAUUCACUCUGAAUUCUCUUUUCUCAUGUUUGUGAAUAGCCCUGCAUGACUAGAUAGGACAAGUAGUAUACGUUAAAGUUAAUGUGAUUUGGGUGUUUAUUUCUUCCCAUGUUUAAGAAUACAGUGAGGUUUAUAGCAACAAUAAGCAUGCAGGGCCACUAGCCCUGGAUUAUGUGUUGACUAGGAGACUUUCAUGAAAAGGUUAAUUUUUGUAUGUUAAUGGUUUGCGUAUGAAUAAUAUGUUUUAAUUAAUGAAUGUUUAUUUAACUAUCAUGUAGUGGAGUGUUGACUGAGUGCAUCAAAAAUGAUACAGAAUAAGUAGUGUUGUGGACUUAUACCCAGUUGUGAAAAAAUGGAGGGAAGCUGGCUUCACUCCACACUCUUAAUAUUCUAGCCACGCCUCUCCUGAGUACUCAGAUACCAAUAAAUGAAAUUUAAGAUUUGUCAAUUUUAUUUUAGUCAUCAAAGUCAUGUGUUUUUGCAUUGUUAAUGCAGAUAAAAUAAUAGCCUUAAGAUAAUCAAGUUAGCAAGUAAACACCUUGCAGCACUCUGGGUUAUAGAAGUACAGUAAACCAGGUUAGAGGGAUAAUUUGAGCAAGCGCCUUAACCACUACUUACCACUGUUGUGCGUAUGGUGCCAAUAAUGUCCUGGUGCCCUCACAGGUUAUGUAGUAAAACUACUUGAGCAUGGUUUGACAACAUACCUAGGAUCCGCCAGUUGAUGGCCUCCUCUUCUCUUCCUCCAAGGAGCUUCCAUUAGCUCUCCUGCAGUUUAGGACCCACUCAUUGACUGAGCGCUCUCAUCCAAUGAGCUAAGCCAUGUACCAAUAAGCUUACCUCAGUACAAGAGCUUCUGGGGAGGCCUGGCGGGGCCUGGUAAUUUAUCAAACCACUAUAAUCUCUUUCUUCAAACGUGCUAUGCUAUUGGGCGAAGGUCUUAAAUACAUUAGGUGGAAUAAAUGAGUAAAACUCCUUUCUCUAUUCAAUGUUAAUUGAGGGUUACUGAAAGUCACCAGAUUGUUGUAUUAAAGAAAUAUAUGUGAAGCUUUUUACAGAGUGGAUAAAGCCACAUUUGUGUUGUAAAUUUGUUUGAAAAGUACCAGGUGAAGUGUAUUUCAGAAGAUCGUUGUUAGCAGAUAGAUUAUUUGCGAGCAUCCUGUCUUGCAAAUUCGAUUGAUGUCUAAAAUGUUUUGCUUAUGCCAGAGUUCUCUAUGGGACAUCCUGGAGAUAUCCUUCUACUGAGUGGAGAGUCUUGAAAGUGCAAAGGAUCUAUUGAAAGGUCUUUGCUAGUCUAGUAAGUGGGUGGCUAGGUCCUCAUUAACUCUAAACAGUAAAGUUCUUAGAUUUUUGCAUAUUGGCCAGGGGAGUGUCUCAGACAAAAGUACUUAUGUGAUAUGACCUUAAAGACAUGGUACUGUGGGACCAUGGGUGGGUGAUGCAUACCGGUUUCAGAAAUACAUGAUAGAAAAAAUCCACAUGAAUAAUAUAAGUGAAUGGAGUUUUAUUCCAUCGGAGAACAAUUAACACAAAGAGUACCUUGGAAGGACAGGGAUUGCAGUGUGAUGGUCCUUUCUGAUUUUACAUUUGAAGUGUGAAGUUCUAAGUAAAAUGCCAUACUGAGAGUGAAUAAUUAACAAGUAUAUGAUGAAGAAUAGAUGAGGAAACACAGAUUGAGUGGGUAAAUCUUUUUUCUUGAUGCCAGAUUUUUAAAAAGGCACAUUUCUUAUAGUCAUUGUUUUGUGGGUGGGCUAUUUUCAGAUUUGUGUUGAAUGCUUAUUAGUUGUUUUAGCUUGUUUUUUGAUAAGUGUUAAUAUUUUGAGUGAUAUCCUCAGAUAGCUACCAGGCUCGUAGAUGAAAUAUCUUAGUUUUAGGUUAGUUUAGAUGUUCCUUAGAGAGUGAAAAAUACUGGGUCACAUUUCAUGUAUUUGUGGAUAUUUUGAUUAUAUGACAUUGCUUGUUGAGCGUUGACGUUAUAGCAUAGUGAAGGUGCUGUGAUUAGAUAUGUUCAAUAGAUAUGUAUUAAUGCAUGUUCAAUAGAUGUGUAAACAGCCAUUUCCUGUGUAGCUUCCAUCAAAAUUGAAGAAAGCCAUGCCGUUCAAUAAUUGAGUACUGGUAUGGGGAAUGGUAAAUGAGGUGCCUAUAAGGUCCACAAUGUAUAAACACAUCUCCUUACCAAAGGGUCUUCUCCUAGGUAUGAGACGAGUGGGUGAAGUUCUAUGUUAGUGGAUUGCACUGUCAUACAAGUUACAAUGUUGUUAGGGGAAGUUGUAGAUUAUUGAGUGACUUUUAUUGCAGCUGUAAAUUCUAUGUUUAGCAGGAAUAUGCCUUCUCUAUACAAUUAAAAAAGUUGCAAUGGAAAUGGCAAGUUUUAUAUGUUUGAAGCAACACAGUAAUGUUGCAGUUUUCACAAUAACAAUGGAGAAGUUUAGAACAAUGCCACCAACAGAGGAGGUUAGAGUAAGCAUGAGAGUUUUAGGGGAAGUUUGAUUGGGGGCUUCAAAGUUCACUUAAGCGCCAUAACCUCU